CUGGCGCAUGCGCUGUGCAUCCGUCGGAGUAUGAGGAGCAGCUGAGGAGCAGAUCCGGAGAUGAAGACUCCACCAGACAGGUCAGGAAUCACCUUCGAGGUCGGAGCUCAGCUGGAGGCGCGAGAUCGACAAAAGAACUGGUACGCUGCCACUAUUGAGAAGAUCGAUUAUGACAAGGAGCGGGUUCUGGUCCAUUACCGCCAGUGGAGCCGUCGACACAACGAGUGGUUCCACUGGAGCUCGCCGUACCUCCGUCCGCUGGAGCGGGUCAGCCUGAGGAGGCAGGGCCUGACGCCGCCGCAGGCCCAGCCGGUCUUCGUUUUAGGCUCCAAAGUUCUGGCCUGUUGGACCGACUGCCGCUUCUACCCGGCAAAAAUCCUCAUCAACAAAGACGAUUCGUACACGGUGCGGUUCUACGACGGCGUGGUCCAGACGGUGAAGCCGACCAAAAUCAAACCCUUCCACGAAAGGUCCAGAUCAGAGAGGAGCGCAGUGGGGAGCGAGGGAUGGGAGGAGGGCGAGAGUGAGGAAGAGGAGCAGAACCCCAAAGAGGAGGGAGGCCAGGAGACGCAGGAGGAGGAGGAGAAGGAAGGAGGGAAAGAAGAGGAGACUUCAGAGGAGAAGGAAGGAGCUGAGGAAAAGGAGGAGGAGGAGAGGAAGACAACAGAGUCUUCUUCCUCUCAUUCACCAACGAAGAAGAAGACAGAAAACAACAGAAGUGAUGUAGUUCAGAAACAGCCAAUCACAGCAGACUCCACCCUGGCAGCAGUUCCUAACCCCCACAUUGACAAAGACGUCCUGAUGGAGCGCCAGGCUCACCUUCCCACCACACACAAGUUCAGCAGAGAGCCAUUGUACAGGGUGAUAAAGAACCAGCCUCCUCCUAUCCUGUCCAUCGAGCUGGACCACAACCCCUUCAAGUGUCCGGCUGCCGGCUGCUCCAAGUCCUUCAGGAAGGCCAGCCUGCUGCACUACCACAUCAAGUACUACCACUCUGAGCAGCAGCUGGACGCCGGCGAGCCCGAGGCCUCCAGGAGGAAAAGGUCUGCUUCUGAAGGAGGCGACUUCCCGUCCGGCAAGAAGGCCGACGUCCAGACCGGCAGCUGUCGCCGUGAUGACAGAGAGCAGAGCAUCAUGGAGCUGAAGAAGGAGGAGAGGAAGGAAAAACCAGGAGGACACGACAGGAAGGAGAGGAAGCACUUCCUGCGCGUCAAACUGAGGAAGAAGAAAAAGAAGAAGAAGAAGAAGAGCCACUCAGGAUUCGGCAGCAGCGACGACGACGCGCCGGACCGACCGCCGGACCGACCGCCGCUCACGCUGAAGCUUUCACACUCACACGUUGACGACGGCAGCGACUGGUCGACGCUGACGGCUGAGAGCGGCGAGGACACGUCCUGGCCUGUUGCCACAGAAACAGAGGACUGUGAGGUGGUGAGGUGUGUGUGCGAGGUGGACGAAGAGAACGACUUCAUGAUUCAGUGCGAGUCGUGUCUCUGCUGGCAGCAUGGAACCUGCAUGGGUCUGUAUGAAGACAACGUUCCUCACAACUACAUCUGUUAUUACUGCAGGCAGACCUCAGGCUGGAGGCGGGCCCAGCGCUUCCUGUCUGAACCUGAUUUGCUGAUCUCGGGUCACAUGUUCGGCCUGUCCUGCGUGAAGGAGAACUACUCAGAGAUCAACGCCUCCAAGAUCUCCCACACCAGCCACCUGCUGGCCCAGACGCACAGCCUGCACCAGGUCCUGAGCGGCCUGCAGCUCAAGAUCAGCCUGCUGCACGCUCCGUCCCACCCCGACCUGCAGCUGUGGAGAUCGCCAUGGCGACAGGAGGAGGCUCUGAGCCUGACGUCCGGCCAGCAGGACGAGCCGCCCAUCUGCUACGUCAGCAGCGAGCACUGCUACCAGAAGCCAGAGGCAUCAUGGGAAGUGGCUGAGGAAAAGGUAGGAGAGCCUGAAGAUCUGAGGAAACAACCUUCUCUGAGCAUCAUGGACGCCAACGCCGUGUGCCACUCAGACGCUCGCUUCUUCUUCAGCAUCAAGCCGGAGAGCCACUCGGAGGACGCCGGCCACGCCCACAGACAGGCCGCCGUGUCUGUGGCUCAGUGUCGGCUCAACCUGCUGGAGCACGUGGAGGCGCUGCAUCACCAGAUCACCGCCAGGAUGGACCUGAUCGAGCGAGAGCUGGACGUUCUGGAGUCUUGGCUGGAUCACUCUGGGGAGCUGGAGCCUCCGGAUCCUUUGUCCCGCCUCCCGCAGCUGAAGCAGCGAAUCAGGCGCCUGCUGAGCGACCUGUGUACGGUGCGGCGCCUGGCAGUCUGCCGCUGAGCGACCGACAGCCGCAGGCGAGUGGAAACGUAACGCUCUGUGAGUCGGUUCUGCUGGAAGAACUUUUUUGUAAAAAGAGACUAAACCCAGAGCUGACCUCCAUGACCUGUCCUCUGAUUGGCUGGCUGCUCCGGUUACAGACGCACCUCCGAACAUGAACACAGAUCAUUUUAUAACUCAGAUUUUGUAAUUGCACUAAUGUUAAUACCAACUGUAUUUUUUUCUGUUUUGUAAUCUUAAAAGAAAAAAACACAAUGAUGAGUUUUAAAGUUUGUUGGAACCACAAAGUUUUUUUUUCUUCCCAGCAGCAGAGUUUCAUUUUCAUCCCCAGAAGCUUCAUUUGUUCAGCUGUAAACAGAUGUCUGCAGAAUACCUGGGAGUGCCUGCAGGGGGCGCCUCCUUUCUUCUUCUAUGGUUUUAGGUUUAUGUUUUAACGGCUGUUUUGAAUAAGAACUGGGCUCAGCAGAUCUGGGCCAGAAUCAGCAGAUGGUCCCACUGUGUGUUUACUGGCUUACCAGUAAACAAACGAGCCACAGCCACUGACCCACUGGUCCCACUGGUCUCUCUGGUCCCACUGGUCCCACUGGUCUCUCUGGUCCCACUGGUCCCACUGGUCUCUCUGGUCCCACUGGUCCCACAGGUCUCUCUGGUCCCACUGGUCUCUCUGGUCCCACAGGUCCCACAGGUCCGGGAUGAGCGGGGCGGCUCGGCGCACAGCUUUGACGUCAGUUUAAUUGAGAUGUUUUGUAGAAUAAACCAGAUUAAACUCCUGAUGGAUCAGGACAGAUUUAUUUCUGAGAUUCUGGCUCGGUUCCACUGGAGGACAGAUGUAGGAUCAUCUGAGCUCAAUCGUUCCGUCUGAUAUGUGAUGACAGCAGAAUUGAUCCAACCCUUUUGGUCUCGGAUCUCCUCUGUGAUCCAUUGGUCGGGUCUGGUUCAACAGUUCUGCAGACUUCCUGAAGUUUCCUCUGAAAAGCUGCUGUUUUACUUCCAGUCCCUGAUUGUUCCAGCUUUAUUAGAGUUAGCACUGUGGAGGUUCUGGUUCUGCUGCGGUUCUGUUACCCGCCUGAUCUUCUGGAUCAGAUGAUGGAGAUGAUGAUCCAGGACAUCAUCGUCUGAGGCAACGAGAAACGCCUGCAGCAGCAGCUCCAUCUAUCGGCCAUCAUAGUUCGGAAAAGCUCUAAAUUAAGUUUCUGGUCAAAAGGCUGAAACCUGAAACAAUAAAAUCCUGGCAGCCAAAUGACAAAUAUUAAUCUGAGUGAAACUGGAUUCACGUUUGGAUGAUUCAUCUGCUGAACUCCAGAUAUUUAACUUCACAGAAGCUGAAUGAAACUGACGAUUUGGCCUUUAAUGCGUUUGUGCAGCAGAUCCGGCAGGAAUGUCUGGUUCCAACUAAAACCUGUUUCUAUGUACAUACAGCUUAAGUUUUGUCAUAUCCACUUAAAUAUUAGCUGUUUUAAUGAAGACAACGUGUAAAAUCAGCUCCUAAAAGCUCCCAGAUCUUAGAUUCUGUUUUUCUUUAGUUUUAUUUUUGCAUCGGUGCUUUAUGAGCUUCCCUCUGCAUACAAGCAGAAUCAGUUUUCUUUCUCACCGUUUCAACAUUUUUUUUUUUUUUUUUUACUGAGCCAAGAGAGCUGCUUCGUUUCAGUUCAGAGCUUCUUCACACCAUGGCUUGGAAAUGUACAAAUGUUAAUCUGAAUGUUUUUACGCUUGUAUAAGAAACUGUACAAACCUGUAGAUUUAUUUUGAUAGAGAGACGGAUGGACCGUUUUUCAGAGGAAAGUAGAUUUUUUCCUGAAAGUAAAGCAGUAAAAUGUAUCCAACACUUUGUUCUAUUCGCUGGUUUUGAUCCGAUGGCGACGCCUUCAGAGCUUCUGUUUCCUGUCGGUAGUUUAGACGUCCAGCUCUAGAUGUUCCUCAUUAACCCGUCGAAGCUUCGCUGUUCAUUUAGUUUCAGGCUGAAGGUUUUUGUUUUUCAGAGAUUCUUCUGUUGAAUAAAAAUGUUGAAACAU